UCAUGUGGAACAGAAUCUUCUUUCUUUACCCUAGAUAUGAAGAUGUCUUCGCUUUCUCUCUCUCUCUCUCUCUCUCUUCUCUUCUUCUUUGUCAGUACUCAUAUCCCUAGAUUUGCUUGAUAUAACGUUAUUCCUUUUCUUUCUUUUUCCGUGCUCUCAGAAAUUUAGGUGUUUUUUCCUCCCUUUACUUUCUCUUUUAUCACUUUAAUGGCGUUUCUUCAUGUUUCAAAACUUCUUCAGCUGAUUUAAUUUUCAUUUUUUCUUUUUCCCUUUAUAUUUGGCCAUCAUGAAUAACUCUGAAAAAGAAAAUAUUACAGUACUGUUUGAUUUUCAGCUCUACUUUUGCGUUUGAUUUUUGAGAUAUUUCAUGUUAUAUCAUUCUGCAUCAGUCACCUUGAGCUGAUCCGUUGAGUUGAUAUGUAAACGAUGGAGAAUACCACCCAAACAUGCUCAAGAACAAGGACAUAAGGAGAAAAAGAGAGACGAAGUGACAGGAAAUGGGUCAUGCAUCCAUAAAUAGUACUAGUUUCCUGCCAAAAAUCUUGUCCAUCUUAUGGUAGAUUCUAAUCUGAUUUUUCCCGGAUGAUAUUUACCCACUUUACCUGUUGUCAUUCUUCACAUCCAUUGAUGUCUUCUUGAUGGCUUACAUCCAUCUUUUCUACGUCUCUUUUGAAGUAAACUCAUCCUUCAAGAUCUCCUCUCUUUAACCUUGUUAUUUUCUUUAAUUAUCUUUUUUUUUAUUUGUAAUUUUACAAAAUAUCUUGGCUUUCCAUAUUCAUUUCUACGCAGAUCUGCUCUCAUUGCAUCUUCUCCUUAGAAUCUUUUUUUUUUUUAGAUAUUUUAUUACCCUAAAAUAGUUUCCGCAUAAAUAUAUUGAAAUAAAAAAAAGGGGAAAAAGAAGAAGAAGAAAUCUUUUGCUUCAUAGAUCUCCAGACAGACUGCGAUCGGCAAAUAUAAAGGUAGGCAUGGGAAGAGGAAAGAUAGAGAUCAAGAGGAUAGAGAACACGACGAAUCGUCAGGUGACUUUCUGCAAGAGGAGAAAUGGACUGUUGAAGAAAGCUUAUGAAUUGUCAGUCCUUUGUGAUGCUGAGGUUGCCCUGAUCGUCUUCUCCAGUCGCGGCCGCCUCUAUGAGUACUCCAACAACAACAGCAUAAAAUCAACCAUUGAGAGGUACAAGAAGGCUUGUUCAGAUACUUCAAAUACCAGCUCCAUUACAGAAAUUAAUGCCCAGUAUUAUCAACAAGAGUCGGCUAAACUGAGGCAACAAAUUCAGAUGCUACAGAAUUCUAACAGGCAUCUAAUGGGUGACUCCUUGAGUUCCCUAACUGUGAAGGAGCUUAAGCAAUUGGAGAAUAGGCUUGAACGAGGCAUUACUAGAAUCAGGUCAAAGAAGCAUGAAUUGCUGCUGGCUGAAAUAGAGUACUUGCAGAAAAGGGAGAUUGAGCUCGAAAAUGAAAGUGUUUGUCUUCGAACCAAGAUAGCAGAAAUCGAGAGGCUUCAGCAAGCAAACAUGGUUACUGGAGCAGAACUGAAUGCAAUCCAAGCAUUAACAUCUCGAAAUUUCUUUGGUCCUCAUAUGAUUGAGGGAGGAACUGCAUACUCUCACCCUGACAAGAAGAUUCUCCAUCUUGGGUAAACACCAAGGCAACAAGUGAAUGUGCAAGUGGUAUGUUGAUUUAUGUAUUAUGUAGUCCAAAAAUAAAGAUACCAAAACUCUAUAUUGUCUAAUUAUCGUCAAUGUAUGUCCAGUUAAACUGGAACUAGUGUUUUUAGUACAGUUCCUCCUACUUGUCCAAUGGAACUGGCAGUGUCCUCGACUGACUACCGAGUAUGAACAUGUAUUAUGUCUACGUCUUUUAUGGAUUAAUGCAGUAAUUACAACUAUAACUAGCUUCAUCACUGACUCGCCGUUCAAGACCAGUGAUUAUGCUAGUUUUAUUAAA